AUGACAAAAGAAGAUCAAAAUUCACCAUCAUCAGUAGAAUUAAAAGCUAAAACUGCUUUUGAUGAAAUAAAUAAACGUGCUAAAAAUCAACCAGCAAUUGUUAAAAAAAUCGGUGCUAUUGUUUUAUUUGAUAUAACAAAAGAUGGAAAAUUUCAACAAAGUUGGACUAUUGAUGGUAAACAAGGUAUUAUCUAUGAAGGAAAACCAAAUGAAGGAGCAACAGCUCAAGUAACAAUUACACUCGAUGAUAAUGAUUUUUUUGAUUUAGCUUUGGGCAAUGCAAAUGCACCUGCUCUUUUUGCUAAAGGCAAACUCAAAGUUAAAGGCAAUGUUAUGUUAGCACAAAAAUUAUCUAUACUAUUCAAAGAACAAUCAAAAUUAUAA